AUGAGAAAAGUUCUGAUAAUCUCAUCACUAUUCGUUUCAACUCAAAGCUGUCUAUGCCUCGCGAAAUGUCUCUUGCCAACUUUGGCCCCAUUGCCCGGGAUGGGACAAAAAGGAAUGAGAGCUCCUGACCAACCCCUAGGUCCAAGUGAAGCUGGCAGUGAAGAUUUUGUGGGCACUGGGAGUGGAGGUGGUGCUGAGGGUGGAGGUGGAGGAGAAGGUACUGCAAUUUGGCUUUAU